AUGGAGGAAGGAGAGAGCCGUACCAUGUUAGGAGGUAGGCGGGGCUUGGCUGAGAGACGGUUGCACGGCGCGGAAUGGUUGCGUCGUCCGCCAUAUGGAAGUCGUUUGUGGGCAGCUCCUUUCUCGAGCUCUCCACUACCUUCUUUGUCGCCUUCUCAGUCUGAUAGGCUCGAGGUUCUUGUAUACAUGUUGUAUAUAUUCUUGAACUUCUUUCAUAAAAAAAGGCUGGGAAAGUUUUCUCCAUUUCUUAAACUACCUGAGAAAUAAAGCUAUCACUAUUUUCUCCAACUUUUUUUUUCCCUGUCCUGCAAAAAAAGAUCUAUAUUUUUUUAUCAUCAGAAAAUUUUUUUAGUAAGGCUACGUAGUAUUUCAAGGAAAAAUUGAAUUUAUACGAGAAAUUCAUGCAUAGGAAAAGUAAGCAAAACGAAACAUGGAUUCCUAAAAUUAGUUCAUCUUUUUUGUAAAGCUCUUUUUGAUUUUCGGAAAAACUGGUUAUGAUGAGUAAUUUAAUGCUCUAUUUUUCUUCAAAAAAAUUUUUUUAAAGUAGAAAAAUCAGCAUAUCUCAUUGAAGACCGACGUUAAAAAAAGAGUUCUCCCUCAAAAUACUAUGAAAUUUUCUUGUCAUCAUAAUAAACUGUCAACGGGCGAUUUUUUUUUCCAUAUGAAGUUUAUCUUUUUCUUUUCGAAGCUUCGUUAUUCUUCUUCUUUGUUUGAAUAAGCAAGAAAAGUUUUCUAAAUUGGGAAAAUUUUUUUUCUAAUCCCGUUUCAAUUUUUCGGAACGUUUUCUGAGAAAAAUCCAAAUUUACCAAGUAUCAAAUAAAGUUUUUAAUUUCUAUAGUUCUCAACUUCUAUCAUUUGGCACAACACCAACUUUCUUUCUUGUUGUCUAUGUACCAAAGGACGCCUCUUUAUCUCAACAACAAGACGUUUUACGACGCGUCCUGUGCCUACUGUCCCAAGCUGCGUUGCCUUGACCUAGCUCCCAAACUCCCAAGCGCAUGACACAUCUGUCGUUGACAAGGCAAGGGAGAGAUAGAGAGAGUUGUCGAGAGCUGCUCUUGAGGUAUAAUUGCUGGUCUCUGCGUGCUUGCGGGAAAGUUGGACGCCUAGAUCCCGAGCGUCUUAUUGAUGAGGUGUGCCAAAGGAAUGACGCCGCCUCGAUGUGACAAUGAUCCGUCGAGGCACCAAUGGCUAACUCCGAGAAGGCGGGGCUUGCCGUUCGGGACCUGGUAUCAAACCGAUCUAGUCAUUCGGGUGCUUCGGAUUGUCCCGAGCUGGUCGCUCCUUCUUCUUCCUCUUGUUCCUUUUCUCGCGUUGUUUUUCGUUUAUUCUUUUGUAUCCCGAUGUGGCCUGUUAUAAGUCGAACUGUUUGCAGCCAUGAGCUUAACGGGUCCGCCAGGUAUACCGCCGUUAACUCUAGACAUGUUCAACAGCUUCGUCGCUCAAAACUUUGCCACAGUUCCUCCUCCUCCGAAUGUAAGUUUCAUUCUAAUUCUAGCACCUAAGUUAUCAAUGUGCUCAACUUGAAGCUUUUCUAACUUCUCGAUGAUCCAAUGAAGUUUGAAUCAAAUUUUUCUGGAUUAUCUCUCGUCUUACAUUUCGGUGCUUAUCUCACCUCAAAAACUUGACAAAACUACUUUUCUGGUCUUUCAGUUUGGAAUACUUGAGCAAUACUAUUCCAUUUCUGUUCAGUGCUGUGAAAAUAAAUAAAACUUUGGAAAACUCAGGAGCCACAAGCGAAACGAGGACGUUAUGACGCGUGGACCGCCAGCAGUGGAAGCAGUGGAAGCAGUCCCACACAACUCGAAGAGGCCCAAAUGGUCAGUUUGAAAAAAAGACAAGAUUCCCAUACGCAUGAACCUUUCAAAGAGCUUAUAAACCAAACAAUACAGUUUCUGAAGUAGGCGAUUGUUACCCAAUCCGCUCUCUAGAAAAAUGGCGCCUUUGUGAUUUGGCGGCCGCUCAAUGGGUGAUCAGUUUUCACGUAGUCACUUGAAACCCUCGACUAUCUUGAACAAAUAAACGAAAAACGGCUGACUUUUGAAGGCUUCGAAUGCGGCCAACGCGACGGCACCUCCACAACGUCAGACUGGAGAAAGUGGCAGUGUUUCUGAAGACGAGUCUCAAAAUUCCCGGGAUGGACCGAAAGAUGGUCAGUUUCACAUUCAAAACAUUCUCGCUGAAAAUCAUCACUUUUUGAACUUAUUAAAUCUCAAUAUUUUUCAGCUACGAACGCUCCAAGCGCUACAGGCUCAAUGGAAAGCUCUGCAGUUCCUUCUCCCAAACCUCUUCCUUUAGUAAUUGACCCGAACGAGUUGAUUCACCAGGAAUCCAAGUUCUACAGGUGGAAGAACACGAAUGAGUCCGUUAUUAUGAGUCAUUUUUUCAGCUUCCUGGAGUUUGACGAGACUUUCGAGAAGUGGAAGCGUCAGUACAUGCAUCCGUUCCGCGUCGCGUCUUCCGAAGCGCUUCGAGAGCCCGAUGGAACCAUCAACCAGACCUUCAAGUACCGCUACGUCGUCUUCCACUGCGCUCACUACGGCGAGCCUCGGAUGCGCGGUCAGUUAGCUUAUCAAUGAUAAGAAGGGCGCAGAAUUGAGUAAUUUAUUGGGUCUUUGAUAAGAAAAAAAAGAGAAUGCUUUUUAAUAGAAACUGAUAGAAAAAAAGUUGGAUCUUCCUGUUCGCGAGAUGAACUUACGAGUUUAAAAUAGGCAUCGUAUCUGAACUUGAGAGUUCAUUUUCAACAAAACUCUUCUUGUUUCAACAUUAUUUUCUCAACACAUCUCUGAUUUCCAAUAGGUGACGUCACGGCUCAUUCUCAAUACUCUUCUUUCGCGUUUUAAAAUCAAGUACAGCCUUCGUAUCAGCUUGAUCUGCCCUAAAGAACGAAUCGGUUAUAAAUCUUCUUGUGUUUUCUCAAAAUUCAAAUGACGUCACCAACGCUUCGAAAAGCUUUCCUUCUCGCAGCUCUCCAUUUUUGAUUGACUCAACACGGAUUUUGACAUUGUCGCCGUGUGUAGCGAAAAAUGAGGAAAAAGGAAGAUGGGCCUGCUGCUGGACGGCGAUUGCGUAAACACACUUGUGCAUUCGCAGAUCAAAGCGGCGUAGGCGACACCGUAUGCCGUGCCUCGACGUAGAGACGCAGGAGGACGGCAGCGCCCAUAUAGAUCAUAAUUAAUAAUCGCCGAAUCGGCAUCUUCUUUGGAGCUCAACAGAGACGUCGUCUUGCAAAAGUUAUGUGGCAGCAUGGCGUCCUCUUUCUUUUGAGUAUGGUAGAUCAUUGUGUCCAUUAGAAGUCUCCAAACCUACUCUUCGCUCAAUUUGGCAUACAUUGAAUGACUCAUAGUUUAGCUUUUCCAUCAAUUCUAUUGCAUACUGCUACUCUCCGGAUGUUUCUUUUCGGAAACAGAUGUCCCCAUCAGGAUUUUUCAUUAGUUGACUUGUCAACUAGACUGUGAAAUUGUCAUUUCGACUCCUGAAAAUGAAGUGAUUGCACCCUGCUGGUUGUACAGACCGCAAUUUCGUCGUCAACCGUACAUGUUGGUAUUCGGAGAGUCGCCUCUCCUCGAUUCGCGUGCUGUUUCGUGGUUGGCAGCCAGCUGUUGCGCGAAUGCUCCACGCGCUUCUCAACACGGUAAUUAAACGUGCGGAGGACGACGUCUUCUGGAUGACCAACAGCCGUUUGGCAUAUUUUUUCUGCCUGGAAGGAGAGGCAGAGAAAAAAAAACUACUAACUGCGCGCCAACCGCAAUUGUGCACCUGUUGGCUUCACUGUGACGUCUCAACUAUUUCGAGGCAUAUAAUCGCAGAUUCAGAGUCAAGGUCGACUUGUUUUCUUUUCUCCGGAAAAGUAUUGAAGACUGUGUUUUAUUUGGAAGCAAAAAUUAGCUAGAGGUCCUUCUUGUGUCAAAUAUCCACUUCUCACUUGGACCCCUGCUGAGACUUUUUUUUUUCUUGACGAUGGCUGUAACGGCGUUUGAGGACAUCACGCUGCGAAGACGUGACAUUUGUUUCUGUAUUUGGUGAAUCCGUGAAUUUCGAAGACGACAAUUUAUCUUCGGGCAGAUGUGUGCACGGUGUGAGGUUGCGUGUGAUUGUCUUUAGUUGGGAUUUGAGUGAAAUGCACCGGGCUCUCGUCACUGUUUGAAAUUUGGUCCUUAUAAAUUCAAGAAUUUUCAUCAAAUCAUUCUUCUUUUUCAGUUGAGAUGAAGAAGAUAUGGAAUAAUUUUGCAUAUAAUAAAUUAAUUAUUAAUUUUUCUGCUUAAUUGGGUUCACUCUUGUAUCUGGCUACCAUUCUUUGGCCGCCUUUUUCUUUUAUGACGUCGCGGAUUAUGCCGCCACGAGAAAAAAAAACAGUCACACAGCUGCUCGGUGUCCUAUUGUGAGAACGGCCGACCUCUCGUGCUCAUCCUUUUGUGUAGAUCCGAGGUGGCUGUUGCGCACCUCCUCAAAUCGUUUAUGUGGCUUUCCUGGUUAUUAGAUGCUUGAUAAAUGUGAAAACCUCGCAAAAAUUUCUAUUUUUAUUUUGAUUAAAAAAAAACUUUGAUAAAAAUGAGUUUGAUUCAAAAUCUCUUGGGGAAAUUGGAAAAUUUUCAUCAACGCUCGGGUACAAUUUUCAAAAACGUCAGCGAAAAUAUUCAAAUUUCUUCUCGCGAGACGGCUGCUCGCUGUUGCGGCUCGAGAACAAAGACUUUCCCUUUUAUGGACAUUUCCGAGAAGGCGCCUGGUGCCAGCAGGGCUUGGCAUGUCGAAGAGUUAGCUUUUUGAAUUAUCUUUCGAAGAAAAAUAAGGUUCUACUCUGAGCUUGUUUCAAAUAGUAAAGAGAAGAAACUGCAGCCUUUUUUUCAUUUCGAAUUGAGUCGUGACCAAAAUUGUUUUAAAAAUUGCAAGAUCUUUCAAAAAGAUGAGAGAGAUUUAGUGCUUCUCUUGGUGUCUUAUCUCGACUUGACUGGUCCUAAAUGAGCUCAAACAAACGACGUGCUCAUUCCGUCAUGUUGAGAUUAACAUCACCCCACAAGGCCAGUAUUAAUUACCCGCAAUUAUCCUCUCCAUUGAGGAUACGGUAAUCGAAGCCUUGCUACAAGAUUUACUUAUCCUCAAUUGAAAGUCAUGGAAAAUACGUAAUUUAAUGAAGUAAAACCGGGAGGUAUAAGGAGAUUUAAACUGAACUUUUUCCUAAUUUUUUCUUUUUUGUUCUGAAAAUUAUUAAUUGAAAAAAAUUAGCUUUUUAUUGAGUUUCGGAGCGUUUAGUUGUUUUCCUCGUAGAUUAAGACGUUUGCGGCGUCCAGCGGUGGGCAGCUGGCACGUUUUUAAUCUACGAGUUUUAAUGCGCUGUGGCCCCUCCUUGCGAUAUGAUUUAUGGCGCGCUGACCAUCGGAAGAAGCCAUCGUGAUUUUUUGACAAAUAUCUUUUUCAGGAAUCGGAAAACGUCCCAAUCAGAACUACCUACCAUGCGGAUGCGGAGCCAUGUUGCGUCUCAACUACAGCUUCAACGAUAAGGUUAGAAAAUAUCAGAAAUGCAAAACUUACGAUGAUUUUGCAGUGUCUGAAGAUCACCACCUUGAAUCCGAUCCACAACGGCCACGAAGUCUCGAUGGAGAUGUACUUGAAAGUCGCCCAGAAGAUCCGCCGCAGCGUCGCCGCCGAUCACCGUCGCGCUUCCUCCGGAUUCGCUGUCAAGGCCGAAGAGUCGCAUCAGACGACGCCGUCGCCCCUGUCGCAACGCAACGCGGCGACUCCCCUCGGCGACCGCAAGCCCCAGCUGCCGACGGCUUCUGUCAUGGCUCCUCCCGCGGCCCCAGUCGCCAUGAACCUGAUGCAGCAGCAGUUCAUGCAGCAGCAAAUGGCCUUCGCCGCCGCCGCCGCUCAGCAGCAACAGGCCCAGGCCUCGGCCUUCUCGCCGGCCCUCGCCUCUUCCCAAGUCACCCAGAUGGCCAUGGCUCAGUAUCUCCAGCAGUACCAGGUAUACUUUUGUCAAUUCGUUGGCGAUUUAUUGAAAAUUAGUAUUAUCAUUGAACAAGGGUUUUAGUUAGAUGAUAUCCUGUUUGCUCAACUUAAACAAGAAGUCUGGAUUUUUUUUGAAUCACAUUAUCUCAUGCAUGAUUGAAAGAGAAAUCGAAACAAUUGUACGAAGGAUUAUUGACAAGUGUUUGCAGAUGAUCCAGUACCUGACUCAGCAGAAGGAGAACAUGUCGAACGCUGCGGCGGCAGUUGCCGCGGCUGCGUCUCCGGCUGUCCCCUAUCCGGCGCCCGCUUCGUUCCCGUCUUCUUCGUCUGGAUCGAAGAGGCCCUGGUCCGCCGUCGUCGCCGCGUCUCCCGAAGGAACGGCCACCGAACAAGCUCAGCAGACUUCCUACGCUUCUGCGCCGCUUGCCGAGUCUGUGGUUCGUUUUUCAAUCUCAUUUGAAUUAUUUCCUAGAAUUUCUGAUCUCAGUUAUGCCUCUUUCAGUACAUCCGCCCGCCAUCCAACUUGCCGGCUCCGAUCCCCAUCCGACCUGCCGCCGCUCCUGUGGCAGUGGCCGCUCCUAUCGAGAGUCCGCCUGUCUUGGAGGCCCAGAGAGCUCAGGAAAACGUCGAAGUUCAGGUUGGUAAUCAAUAAAUCGGUUUAGUCUGAUUCUUUGAGGGAAAAUUAAAUACGGACAUCAAAAAAGCUUUGAAAAACUUUUACCACAUUAAAAACCUAUUUGAUAUUAUUAAUAUUAACAAAAAUUUAGCCCGUUAAAACUUUUUUCUGCUAGAUAUUGAGUUCAUCUUUUUCUCUCAUUUUUGUUCAAUUUGAUUGAUGGCUGUGUUCGAUUAAAAUGAAUCUAGAAGAUGAUACUGAACUCAUAAAUUUGCAGAAAGAGACGGAACGACCGUCGCAAUCGGAGAUUUCUUCUUUGUUGGCCGAUGGCCAACGUCUUCUGGUCACCGGCGACGAGACGACGUCGCGCACUCGCAUGGAGCAACUUCGCGCUCUCAUCACGCACUGGGAGCAGUGCUAA